UAAUGUUUAGCUCAAGAUCCACACACACAUAAACACACACACGCAUGCACACACAUAGGGAAGCAGAGGGAUUACAAAGCCACAGAGUCCCAUAUGCUGUCCGGGGAUGGACGCAAGAAAGCUAAAUGUAAGGAGAGUGCGGGGUAGUAAUGAACAAGGGACUGGUGUUGAAGAUGAAGCCGCAGCAGAAUCCAGUCAUCCUCUGUCUUCUCUUGCUCGUCUCUAUAUGUACGCGCUGCAUGGCUGCCUUUGUGAGGUGGCCUUCACCGCUGUGUGGGACUGGUGCAGGACCCAGGACAGGAGACUGGCAGGUCACAGCAGCCUGUGGGCACUGCCCAUGUACGCCACUGCAAUCUACCUCAUGGAGGGCCUGAGGGCCAUGCUGCUGGCUCAGCAUCACUCGCUGCCUGUGCGGCUGACAGCCUACACCAUGUUCAUCUACCUCUGGGAGUUCAGCUGGGGGGUAGGGCUGAGGCUGCUGGGGGCCUGUCCCUGGGACUAUUCAGAUCAUAGGUACAACCUGGGAGGACUGGUGACCCUGGAGUACGCUGUGCCUUGGGCUGUGGCAGCAUUUAUAGCAGAGCAGCAUGUGAUCAGGAACACUCUGAGGAUAAGGCUGCUCAACUGAACAGAUAUCUUGAUGAUCUAGAAUUGUGUGCUUGCAAAAUUAGCAACAAAACAUUUUGUGAUAUUGUUUGUAAAAACAUCCGGCAGCCUGACUUGUGACAUAUUAAAACUGCCCGCUUCAAUUCAUUCUGUGGGCUUUGUCCCAGACCCUGAAGUGAACCAUUACGUUGGAAAAACUGGUUUGGUAGAUAAAUUGAACUCACUGUAUGACAAGUUCAAAGAAACACUGAUGAGAUCAUUUGUUUUCUAGAGUUAGCUUUCAAGAUUGACAUCACUCUUAUAUCAGUCUGUUAAAUAUGAAGACAUAGCCAGGAGUUGCAGUAGCUUGUUUUAACACAGACUUGAAAAGAAGUGGAAAGAGCCUUAAAGGUUAUUUUUUAAAUUUUAUAGAAAGUCGUCACGGCGCUGCUGGAAAUCAGCCUGGAUGCAAAGCAGCCGUGCCAGACUCACACCUGCAGCUCAUCCAAUCACCACCUGUCCUAUAAAGACCGGCACCGUACGCAAUACGGAUUCUACUGCCUCAGUCGCGAGAUGACGAUGGAACACGGCAAGAAUGCUGACUGCCAGAGCAGCUAAUUCCCUGUCGUCCUCCAGGGUGAGGACAUGGACCCCUGCCGCCCUCUUAGGGAGAGGGCAUGGACCUUCUCCCCCCCAGGCUGCCCCAGUCGGCCAGCUCUGCCUCUCGGACAAGGAUCUGAUCUGCAGUCGUCCCUGGCUACAGCCGUCGUUCACCCGUUUCCCCGAUUGUGAGUGCUUCACUUAGCUAGGUGUGUUAUUUUGUUAAAAAUAAAGUCUGCUACAGCCCA